ACCAACCCGACCCAGCCCACCCGCGGCCGGCCGAGCAGACCCAUCCCCUCCCCUCCCUCCUCCACCGGCAUUGCUUCCCCUCCACCUCCACCCCCACCCACACCGCCACCGCCCCCUCCCUCCCCAUAACUAUCCCAGCCCACUCGCUGUCACCCGGAGCAGAUCGAUCCGGGCGGCCGCCUCAGAUUGCCGUUCUUCAGUCCAAUCCGUAUCGCCGCCGCGUUUCUUGGUCGGGCGGCUGGUUGGCGGGGAGGGGGGCAGGCGGGGGAUGAAGGGGCUGGGGGGCGGGCCGAAGGUGCUGCUGGUGCACUCCUCGUCCAACAAGCCGUCCGGCGGCGGGUCGGGGUCGCCGUGGAUGGGGCGGCGUCGGCUGUGGCUCGUCGUCUUCCUGGCCUGCUUCGCGUGCGUGUCCCUCGCCUCGCUGCUCUCCGCCGCGCGCGACGCGUCCUCGGCCGUCGGCGCCAGGCGGAGGGCCACGGGGUCGGCUUCGGGGGCCAGGCUCGCAGUGUCGGCGGGCGCGCGGAGGGCCGCGGCUGCGAAGGGGGAUGAGGCGGCGGGGCCGGGGCUGCCGGCGUACGUGUUCGACGCGCUGGUGCAGUACGCGGCGGUGGGCGGCAACACGUCCGGGAGCAUGCCGGCGGCGGACGUGCGCGCCAUCGCGGCGGCGCUGAAGCGGCGGGCCCCCUGCAACCUGCUGGUGUUCGGGCUGGGCGGGGAGACGCCGCUGUGGCGCGCGCUCAACCACGGCGGGCGCACCGUGUUCCUGGACGAGAACCAGUGGUACGUGUCCCACCUGGAGGGGCGGCACCCGGGGCUGGAGGCCUACGACGUGGCCUACACCACCACCGUCCGCGAGUUCCCGGACCUCCUCGAGGCCGCCCGCGCCGCCCGCGCCGCCGAGUGCCGCCCCGUCCAGAACCUCCUCUUCUCCGACUGCCGCCUCGCCAUCAACGACCUCCCCAACCAGCUCUACGACGUCGCCUGGGACGUCAUCCUCGUCGACGGCCCGCGCGGGUACACGGCGUCGUCGCCGGGGCGGAUGUCGGCGAUAUUCACGGCGGGCGUGCUGGCGCGGGCGCGGAAGGAGGAGGGCGCGGCGACGGACGUGCUGGUGCACGACUACGAGCGGGAGGUGGAGCGGGCGUGCUCCAGGGAGUUCCUGUGCGAGGAGAACCGCGUGCCGGCGAGCAGCACGCGGUCGCUCGCCCACUUCGUCAUCCGCGGCGGCCGCGCCGUCCGCCGGGACGCCUUCUGCGGCCGCGCCGCCGCCGCCACCGACACCGCCGCGCAGUAGAUUAGAGAGAGAUUUGUUUUCCUUUUCUCUUUUUUUUUUACUCCGGUAACUCAUCCCUUCUCUCUCUCCUAGUGGUGUCUUUUUUACCGUCGUCUGAUAGCCAGUGAUGAUGUCGGCAUGUGGUGAAAAAAGGGCGCCUGUGAAAGCUCGACCAAGCUGUAAAAAUCGGUGAUGAGAGGAAUGAAUUGCUGUGGUCACAGCUCACGCCA